AGACUAUUCAUCAAAAAAUGAACCAACCAUAACAUUUUUUUUUCCUAUAUCUUCUAAUUAGGUAAAUCGGUUGACUCAUAAACCGAGUCAGCAACUCGUCCGAACCAUAAAAAAACGAUUCCAAUUCGACGGAAUCUCACGAGUUUCCACUUUUAUAUAAAGUCACUUUUGCAAAUCGAACAAAUGCUUAUAGAAGAAAGUUAUCAAAUCUAGAGAUAGAGAGAGUGAAGAGGGCGAAAAAUAUGGGAGAAAUCGGUGGAGAAGAACUGGUCUUAGAUGUGGAUGAGACGAUUUUCGUCGCGGUGGCGGAAGAUGUGGAGAGAAGCAAAACCACGGUGUUAUGGGCGGCGCGUAACUUUUCCGGCAAGAAGAUUUGCUUGCUUUAUGUUCAUCGAACUGCUCGCGCUGCCUCCUGGAGUGAGAUCUUCUUCUUCUCUUUCUCACUUUCUAAAUUAGUUCUUUGUGUUGAAUUGUGGUUUUUGGUGUAUAGAUCUGUUUAUUGAAUUGCAAAAUUUAGAAUAAAAUCGAAUUUUGUUUGUUUAGAAUUUAUUCUGAGAAUUCUGGAAUUUUUUAAAAUUUCUGGGAGAUAUUGAUUGUUUCUUUGAUUGCUAGGAAUAUGUUGAGAAAUGUGUAAUUUUAUUCUCUAUAUGAACUAGAGGAAGAUAAGCCAUUGAAAGUACUAUAACAUUUUCAUGAUCAGUCAUUUAAGAGUUUGGAAGAAGUACACAAGGAGAUGAUGAUGACUAUAAUUUAGUUAUAAUGUACAUUGUAUAAAACACUGUAACAUAUGUUGGUUUGCUUGGCCAAUCUGUCUUAGAGCUUGGAAAUUUUAAUUUGUUUGUGGAAGCAGGACAUUGUGAUGACUUUAGCUGCUAUGUAUAGGGAAAAAAAAUUAUUGUCCAUUGCCAAGGAUGUUAAGACUUGUUUACCUGCAGCGCACAAGAAACUUGUUGGUGGUAGCUUUAAAAAGCAUGAUGUCAAGGUGAUUGAGCGAGUUGAGAAACCCAAAGUGGAUGAACUGAUGAAUUCUUAUCUCCAACUUUUAUCUGAAACUGAGAUUCAAACAGAUAAACUUUGCAUUGCGGGGCAAAAUAUCGAGGAAUGUAUCGUAGAACUAAUUGCUCGGCACAAAAUUAAGUGGUUAGUAAUGGGAGCUGCAUCAGAUAAGCAUUACUCAUGGAAAAUGACGGAUCUAAAGUCCAAGAAAGCCAUAUUCGUUUGCAAAAAAGCUCCUGAUUCCUGCCAUAUUUGGUUUCUCUGUAAAGGUUACCUUAUCUUUACAAGGGCGUCAAAUGACGAUAGUAAUAACAGACAAACAAUGCCGCCCCUAGUACAGCUGGAUUCAGAUAACGAGACAAGGAAAUCAGAAAAAUUGGAAUCUUCUUAUAUGAGGAGAAGAUUAAGAUAUUGGCGCAGCCUCCUUGAACAAGAUGGUGAGAAAGAUACAGGUCAACUGGAGAGAGAAAAGGUAGAACCAAGAGCACCUCCUCUUUUUUCAUCAGGUUCGAGUUCUUCCUUUGGAGAGCCGGUUGGUCCAGAGCCGGUUAGCCCAGAAUUGGUUGACUCAGAUACACUAAAUACCUCAAAUGUUGAGGAAAAAGAGCGUGAAGGGGAUGUAGCGCGCAAAGUUCAUAGGUAUGAUAAAGCCAUGCAUGAUAUUGGACAAUCAGAUAGAACGGUUUAUGGGGAGGCUGGGAAAAAAUGGGAAGAGGAUGCCAGUACAACAGAGGCUUUAUGCAAGGCUAAAGCUUUGGAAGGCUUAUGCAUUAAGGAGUCGAGCCAAAGAAAGAGAUUGGAGGAAUUGCUGGAAAAGGAAAAGCUUGAAGUAAAAAUGGUAAUAGAGCAAAACAAUGGAUUCAUGAAAGAACUUCAGAUGGUUCAGGGUCGGAAUCUUAAGUUGGAGAGCCAGAUGAGGAAACUACAAGACUUGGAAAAAGAACAUGGUGAGAAAUUUGAUACAGCUAUGGAGCUCUUGAAAAGUUUCAGACAGAAAAGGGAUGAGAUCCGGAUCGAUCACGAGAACGCAGUAAAGGAAGUGAACGCACUGAGAAGACUGGUUAAAGGAGAGACCGGAGAGUCUUCUGGGUCGGAAAUGCUUGACUACUCUUUUAUGGAAAUCAAUGAGGCUACUAACGAAUUUGAUCCAUCUUGGAAACUUGGAGAAGGCAAAUACGGAAGUGUCUAUAAAGGGAAUCUUCAACAUCUUCAAGUUGCUGUAAAGAUGUUACCCUCAUAUGGAUCCUUGAAUCACUUUGAGUUUGAGCGUCGGGUGGAGAUUUUAAGCAGGGUAAGGCAUCCAAAUCUGGUAACACUGAUGGGUGCUUGUCCAGAGUCUCGGUCUCUCAUUUAUCAAUAUAUUCCUAACGGAAGCCUCGAAGACUGCUUUUCAUCUGAAAACAACGUUCCUGCUCUUUCAUGGGAAUCUCGGAUAAGGAUUGCCUCUGAGAUAUGCUCUGCCCUUCUGUUUCUUCAUUCAAACAUUCCGUGCAUCAUUCAUGGAAACCUAAAGCCGUCUAAGAUUCUCCUGGAUUCCAAUCUCGUCACCAAAAUCAACGACUACGGGAUCUCUCAGCUGAUCCCGAUUGACGGAUUAGACAAAUCAGAUCCUCAUGUAGAUCCACAUUACUUCGUUUCAAGAGAAAUGACGCUAGAAUCAGAUAUAUACGCGUUUGGGAUCAUUCUCCUGCAGCUUCUCACCAGAAGGCCUGUAUCUGGCAUACUGAGAGAUGUCAAAUGCGCUCUGGAGAACGAUAACAUCAGUGCGGUUCUGGAUAAUUCAGCAGGAGACUGGCCAGUCGCACGAGGUAAAAAGCUAGCUAAUGUAGCCAUCCGUUGCUGUAAGAAAAACCCGAUGAAUCGACCAGACUUAGCAGUGGUUCUACGGUUUAUAGAUCGAAUGAAAGCACCAGAAGUUCCUUCAUCAGAGACAUCAUCAUACGCCAACCAAAACGUUCCACGCCGGCCUCCUUCUCAUUACCUCUGCCCCAUUUUCCAGGAAGUGAUGAAAGAUCCUCUGAUAGCAGCAGACGGAUUCACUUACGAAGCAGAAGCGAUUAGAGAGUGGUUAGCGAAUGGACACGAUACGUCGCCAAUGACAAACCUGAAAAUGGAAGAUUGCAACCUCAUACCUAAUCACGCUCUUCAUCUAGCUAUCCAAGAUUGGCAAAACCAAUGGUGAUUUACUUUUGCCUUCUUUGAAAGACAACAAUAUUGCUAUUUUUAACUCCCAAUUAUUUUAGAUUGUCACUUUGUAAAUUUACCCCUAAAGGUAUGAAAAAAUAUAUAAGCCUGACGUACAUGUCACAGUAAUUAUUCGAAAUGAAGCUUACUUAGUAUCCAUUUGUUUAAACAUGUUUAAAGUUCUUACCAAUCUUUC